CUGCCCUCUCCCAAAAUGGCGGCGAUGGCUUCACCUCUCUGGGCCUUCCCUCCUCCCUCCUUCCCCCGGCAGGGGCCGGACGGGCCGCGCCGCCAUAUUGGCUGUUGUCCUGGCUGCGGCGGGCGGCGGGCCGCGCUCGCCAUGACUCGCAGGCGGAACAAGGCGGCGGCAGCAGCGACGGUGGCGGGUGUCUCCGGGCCUCGCCGUGAGAGGGUGACGGGUUCCGACGCUGGGCCUCCUCCCCCUCCUCCGCCACCGCCGCCCCCACCGGAACCGCCCGCCCCGCCUGAGGUGGCGGCAGGAGCGGGCGGCAACGGGGAGCCCGGCAGAGCCUCCGCUCAGGUGCUGCCCACCGCCAACCAGUCAGUUCAGACAUGCUGCCUGCUCUGUCACCGGGAGCGCAAGGACUGGGGAGGGCCAUCCCACAAUGGGCUGGUUUCCCCGGGCGAGAGGCUGCCACCAGACUUCGUGCCAACGCUCGUGCAGAACCUCCUGGGAGAAAUGCCGCUGUGGAUCUGCCAAAGCUGCCGGAAGAGCGUGGAGGAGGAAGAGCGGCGGGCGGUGCAGGAGCAGGCCCUGGCGGUUUCGUUAUCCCACACAUCCUGCAAGUCACAGUCUUGUGGGGGUGGCUCCCACUCCCCUUCCUCCUCCUCCUCCUCUUCUUCCUCCUCGUGUCAUGGGAACUCAGGGGACUGGGACCCCAGCUCUUUCUUGUCUGCUCACAAGCUCUCGGGCCUCUGGAACUCGCAGCACACCAAUGGGGCAGCGCAGGGCAGCCCCCUUGGGGCCCCCUCUGCUGCACUAGGUGACAAGCACCCGGGCCUCGCUCUCCCUCCAGAGUGCGCCAGCCAGACGCCUGCUGUGGCGCCGGGGCUCAAGGCCUGUCCCUACAGCCACGCAGCCUCCCCCGCCUCCAGCAGCGCUGCCCCGGGCUCGCCUCUGCCUACCUCACUCGACUUCUGCAAGACGCUGCCGAAGCAGUUCAAAACCAUGUGCCGGAGGGCCACCCCGCCAGGUGAGGCCUUCCACUCCUCGGAGCAUCAUCAGCACUCGGACCUCACUGCUCCUCCUAACAGUCCCACUGGCCUCCCCUCCCAGCUGCCGGCGCUGAUCCCCUCCAAGCAGACGCCUGCCCAUCCGGGGCCCUUCAGCUCCCCACCCCACGUCCCACAGGCUGCGCUCUUCCCCAUGCCCAGUGCGCAGGCAGCAGCCCCGAAGCCGGCGUCCGAGUCCCCUCCCACCGGCACGAUUUCUCACAGCCUGGGGUCGUGUAAGAGCCCUCACCUACCCCCUGCCAACGUGCCGCUGCUGAAGAUGCCACCUCCGCUGUCGGGCUGUGCUCACCCCUGCAACGGGCACUGCAGCACGUCGCUCAUCCCUUCUCCCUCUGCCCACCAGCUGCCCAGCUCGAACAGGGACCCCUCUUGCAAAGGGCACAAAUUUCCCAACGGUACCAGCUGCCACCCGCCGCAGCCGUGCGAGGCAGACGAGGGGCUCGGGGAGGACGAGGACAGCAGCUCGGAGCGCAGUUCCUGCACCUCCUCCUCCACCAACCAGAAAGAUGGGAAGUUCUGCGACUGCUGCUACUGUGAGUUCUUCGGCCACAAUGCGCCCCCGGCCGCUCCCACGAGCCGCAACUACGCUGAGAUCCGGGAGAAGCUGCGUUCGCGCCUCACCAAGAGGAAAGAGGAGCUGCCGCAGAAACUAGGGCACAACAGUGGCUCGGGAGAGCCUGCUGUGGACCACCGCAACGUGGACGAACUGCUGGACUACAUCAACAGCACGGAGCCCAAGCCCCUGAACAGUGCCAAAGCGGCCAAGCGGGCACGGCACAAGCAGAAGAAGAAGGAGAAGGAGAAAGCCCAGCUGGAGGCGGAGGCCCAGAAGCGGGCAGAGCGUGUCCCUGCAGCCAGCCAGGCCAGGGAGCCGCCUGAGGAGAAGCUGCUGGAGUGGCCGGAGCUGGAGCUGGAGCAGGUGAACAGCUUCCUCAGCAGCCGGCUGCAGGAGAUCAAGAACACCAUCAAGGACUCCAUCCGGGCCAGCUUCAGCGUCUAUGACCUCAACCUGGAUGUCAACGACUUCCCCAAGAAGGCAGCUGUCCUGGAGCAGAAGAACCUGCUCUCUCACCUCAACGGCUCCUCCGACUUGCAGGACAUAGACCUGGCCUUGGCCCCGCUGAGCCUGGGCCCCGCCAAGAGCCAGGCGCUGCUGCGGGGCGAGCCAGGCCCCCGAUGGGGCGAGGGCCACGGGGAGCCACCGCCAGCCCCGGCAGCCGAGAACGGCGUGGUGAAGCGCCUGAGCGCUGUGCCCAGCCUCUCCCGCGUGAUCUGGGUGCAGUCCAAGGCUGCGGACUCUGCCGCCGACAGCAGCGGGCUGAGCCUGGAGCCCAAGGAGGGGCCGCAGCACAAGGGGCCGGAGCCGCCAGAGCCAGUGCCUGCGGGGAGCCGGCAGCGGAAGAACAAGCGGCAGAGUGGGCAGGCGAAGAAAGGGGAGGGAGCUGCUGCGGCUCCUGGGGGCCAAGCCCGGCUGGAGAGCCCUGGGGCGAAGGGGCAGGUGCUGGGAACCAAACACCCUUCCAAGGCCAGCGCCGCAGAGCCGCAGCGGGCGGGUGGCUGUGCCGAGCCAGGGGAGAGCAGCAAGGGGCAGCAGGGGGGCAGUGGCGGCCGGACAGAGAAGGAGAGAAGCAGCGAGUGGAAAGGCCGGAGGGGAGAGGGCAAAGCGGAGCUGCUGGAGCUGGCGCAGCAGCCACCUGCCCCCCCUGCCCUGGGGGGCUCCCCCCAGCCCAAGGGCAAGAGCAGGAAGAGCCGGAACAAGGUGGAGAAAUCCAAUACCUCAAUUGAUGACGUGUUCCUGCCCAAGGACCUGGACGGGGCCGAGAUGGAUGAGACUGACAGAGAAGUGGAGUAUUUCAAGAGGUUCUGCCUGGACUCAGCCAAGCAGACGCGGCAGAAGCUUGAGGUGAACUGGACCAACUUCACCCUGAAGAAAACCACUUCCAGCGCAGCCCAGUGAGGUGCGGGGGGGGCCACCCCCCACCCACGGCCGCUCGCCUCUCCUCACUGUGCCCCCGCCUCGCCUCGGUGGGGUCUCCUGCUCUGCGGGGACCCCGGUGCUCUCCUGCCCCGCGGGGACCCCCGGGGCUCCCCCGUCCUCCUGCCCCUGCCCGCGGGGUGACCCCGGCCGUCCUGUCCGCCUCCCCGCAGGCGCCCGGCCCCCUUUGCCGCGGGGAAGGACCGUGCUGGACCCAAUAAAGAACUUUUUAAUUUUUUAUUUUAUUUAAA